CUGCUAAGCAAGCAUCCCUCUCCCUUUUCUUUCUGGGGUUUUUCAGAAACAGAGUCGCAUCAAAGGUUUGGUUUCCUGAGCUUUGGACAUCUCUUCGUAGGCGAACGAACGAUGAGCUUUAGGAGAUCGGCGAAGAGAGCAUUGAUUCUAGAUGAGGAUGAUGAAGAGGAUGUCGUUUACAGCUUCAACGUCCUCUUACCUAACAGCACCAAUGUGCUCCUCACGCUUACUAAUCCAGAACCUGAGAUGCCCAUGGAGAGUUUUGUCGACCUGGUGAAGGAGGAGUAUGAGAAAGCAAGAAAAAAAUGCUUGCUGAUGACUAAGAGGAGAAGGGUUAAUUGGAACUUGGGAGCGACGUUUCUUCUCGAGUCAGAUGGUGAAAAGAUGAAAGGAAUGGUUCGCUUUGCUGCGUUCAAGCCCAACUCGUGCCAUAUAAUACGUCUUGAUGACGGCUCUGGUACAAGUUCUACCAUGUAUGAGAACUUGUGGGAUUUGACACCUGACACUGAUCUUCUAAAAGAGCAACCUGAAAAUUAUACCUUUGAGACAGCUCUUGCGGAUCUAAUAGAUAAUUCUUUGCAAGCUGUGUGGUCUUGUUCCCCCGGAGAGCGAAGGCGGAUUAGUGUGGAUGUUUCUGGUGAUCAGAUUUCAGUCUUUGAUACUGGGAGAGGAAUGGACAGUAGUGAGGAAAAUGCUAUUGUCAAAUGGGGAAAAAUAGGGGGAUCAUUACAUAGAUCUGAAAAGACCCUUGCUAUUGGAGGCAAACCACCAUACCUUAAGCCAUUCUUUGGGAUGUUUGGAUAUGGAGGUCCUUAUGCUUGUAUGUACUUGGGAAGGCGUACGUUGGUGUCUGCUAAGACGAAAGAGUCCAAGAAAGUAUUCACUUUGCAAUACGAGAAGGAAGCCUUGAUUGACAACCGCUCAAUCUCGGGAAAACACUGGAAGACUGGUGGUGGCAUGAGGGACCCGACAGAGGAAGAAAUUGAGUUAUCGCCUCAUGGAAGUUUCACAAAGGUUGAGAUAUUUGAAUCAGAAUUCGACAUGUCGAAAAUAUAUCAACUACAGUGCAAGCUCAAGGAUAUUUACUUUCCUUACAUUCAGUGUGACGAACUUUCCGAAACUGGGAGGACUGAAAGGCCUGUAGAGUUCGAGGUCUGUGGAGCAGAUUUAGCUGAGAUAGCAGGUGGUGAGGUUGCCAUUACCAACCUAAACUCCAAGGGUGAAGAAUUUUCGUUUCAGAUUCGAUUCAGUCUCACAAGUGAAAAACGAAAAGGGAAACCUCAAGAGGCAAAUGCUCGCCUCAAAUUUGUUUAUUUUCCAGUCGUCCAGGGAAAAGAAAGCAUCGAUGAAAUUUUGAAGGGACUAGAAGAGGAGGGAUGCAAAGUUUCCGAAAACUUCCAGACUUUUGGUCGUGUUUCAAUAAGAAGGCUUGGUCGUCUACUUCCAGAAAUCCGUUGGGAUUCAAUACCGUUUAUGCAAAGAGGUGCCAGAGCGUCUACUUUGCAGAAAUCUUGCCGAAGAGUAAAAUGCUUUAUUGAUUUGGAUGCUGGUUUUAGCCCAACGCCGUCCAAAACCGAUCUUGCAAGCCAAAAUCCUUUCUCAGUGGCUCUAAGAAACUUCGGUAGUAAAUCGGCAGAUAAAGAGAAGGAUACUGAUGUCAAAGUGGUGAUUCACCGAGAAGGAAAACAACUCAACAACACACUAGUGGAGCAGAAAUAUCAGGAUUGGGUUAUGAAGAUGCAUGACACUCAUGAUGAAGAGGCGACAUCGGCUGAAGAUGAAGCUAUUCUCGUUCUUGAAUCCUUGGAUAAAAAGGCUCUUUGCAUUUCGCGUGAUGCUGUGAGGGUGCACAAGGUAGUUAAGAGAAAAGGAAUGUUGUGGAAACGUGGCCAGAAUAUAAAGAUUCUGAGAGGAGCGUAUGCUGGGGUUCACAAUAAUAAUAUCUAUGCUACCAUUGACUAUUUUCUAAUAGAAGGGUUUGAGGACGAGGCAGGCGGUGAUACUCGGAUUUUAUGCAGGCCUAUCGAUUGCCCUGAGAAAGAAAGAUGCCAGCUUUCAUCCACCGAUGGAAGUUGGAGACUGGAACUUCAGAAGUCUUUAUCAUUGCCUAUUACUAUAAUCGACUCUGGAAAGUGCCUACAUGCAGAUGCCGAGGAAUGGACUAGAAAACUUGAAAAGCAACAGGAAAAGGCACCGUCAAAAAUUGAUUUGUUGGAUGAGAGAGAUUGCAGAGAACUGAACAUUGAUGGGGAAUUACCAGUUGGCGGUUCUGUGCGUGUUGGAAAAGUUCCCCCGCAACAGAUUGUAGCAGUUAUCCGACCUGCAUGCUUCACAUCUGUUACACCGUCAAAGAAAUUGGACCAGAAGCAUAUUGUUAACAUAGAGGAUAAAGAAAUGGUCAUGGUAGUAAAAUUGGCAGACCCAAAUACGAAACCAAGUGCUAAGGUUGCCAAAUCGGUUUGUUCGCAGCGCUCGUUUCCUACAUCCCGUAAAGGGAUUGGUGGUCUUUACAUCUUCCCCUUUGGGUCCAAGUUUCCCAACCUCUUCAAGAAAGCUGGCACUUACAACUUUACUUUCUCUGUCGGCGACUCGAUUAGGUGUAACAAAACGGUUGUUGUUAGACCGUCUUCAAAGGAAGCAAUGUGGAAACUUGAUGAUAGUCUGGAACCCCAGCCGUGCAAUAUUCAGGUUGGUUCGUGUCUUAGACCUUUCGGCAUCACCCGCUUUGAUGAGUAUGACAAUCAGAUAAAGUUCACUUCUGUUCCAAGCCUGGAAGUUGAAUUGAAAGCCAACCCUGGAUUUCAGCUCAAGAUUGAUGACUUUGAGGCCAACCUGAAAGAUGGAGGAUUGAUUCUCAUGAUCAAGAAAAUGCUCGUUGAGACUGAUGGAUUAGACCAGAUCAGCCCCAAUUAUGAUGCAACCUUGGAGAUACGCGCACAGGACAAACUCUUAGGUGUCUCGAUUGCUUGUAAACUGAACCCUGGGCCUCUGAAACGUGUUGUAGUGAAUAAUCCCCAAGCCUUUAAAAACUUGCUUCCAGGUUCUACUGUUGAAAAUAUGAUUCUUGAGAUGUUCGAUGGAUUCAAUAACCACGUAGCAGAAGGGACCACCGUUCUGAUAAAUACUGAUGGCUACUGUUUCGAAGACUGUAUGGGCGCCAACCGUAAGGUUGAUGGUCGUGGCUACAUUGACCUCUCUGGCAUUCUGAAAGUCACAACAGGCUAUGGAAAACAUGUCUCAUUCUCUGUUCUGUCUGAUGGUAAAGAGAUCUUUAAGAAAGAGUCUCAAAUCGAGAAACGAGAGCUAAGGCUUGUAACAGAGCUGCCCGAGUCCUGUUCUGCGGGUUCAAAUCUUACACACCUCAUUUUCAAAGUGACGGAUUCAGAUGGUUCUAUGGAUACUAGUAUCCACCAUGACGAAAAAUCCAGGUGUUUCCACACCCUGAGCGUUGAAUCUGAUUCAAGAAGCGUUGAGAGUGGAAUCAUAUAUGCCUUUGUCCAUGGUUCCUGCAGAGUUCCUCCUCUUACCCUACCUGAGACCGAGGGUGUCUUCUCCUUCAAGGUUUUUCAUUCUCGGUAUACCGAGCUUAAUGUGAAUGUAGAGAUUCUCAUAACGCCUGCUCCAACAAUUGAAAGAGAUGACAUUGGGUGUUCAACACCUUACUCAAGGAUAACAUCAACACCUCAAUCAGGGGUGGCUUCUUCAGCUACAAAUCCAGGGGUGACUCCAACUCCCAGUUUAGGAUUGGAACGAACUUCAUGUUCACAGUUUGGAGUUUUGGCCAUUAGGUCACCGUCAUUGGAUGGCAGUUGCCCAUCUGGCGUGAUGGAUAUAGUGCAGUACACUCAGAGUUUAAAGCAGGAACUCAGUACAUACAAUGCACGCCGAGAGGAAAUAGAUGAGCACCUAAAAUGUUUGGUGGCUGAACAAGAACAGACUGAGCAAGAGUUGAUUGCUUUGCAAGCUUCUCUGGAUUCGAUCUCUGCGGCGCUCCCGGAAUGUCUAUCUACCAGAGAGACAAUGCUGAAAAACAUUGAAAAGAAUCAUCCUGGCACUGCAGCAUCAGUGUUUUGUUCUUUGACCGAAAAGGUUCCGCCACCGAAGUCCUUUGUUCUGUCACAAAAAGGACUAUUUGGCAUUGUAGCUCUGCUUGGUUCAGUUCCUUCCACCUCGCUAAGCAGGGUGUUAUCUGUCUAUUUGGGGAAAGUAAAAAUGCUUGCGUUGGUGUGUAUAUCAUCAGCAUAUGGACCAAGCGCUGCUGAGUACCUUAGGCUUCAAGCUGAAGCAGCUAGGCUCGGACUAUCCAUAACCAAGCCUUUGAAGAUUCUUUGUCUUGAUGCAAUCAUACCUUGGAGCAGUGGACUUGUGGAAAAUGAUCCUCAGAGGAGAUUAGCCAUGGUUAACCCUUGUCUACCCAAUGGAGAUCCCAUACCUGGUUUCAAAGGUUACGCUGUGAACAUGAUCGAGUUGGCGUCAGGGGAACUAGAGAUACAAACAAGUUUGGGUCACGGGCUUAGAGAGACACUCUUCUAUGGCCUUUUUGGAGACUUACAAGUAUAUGAGACGGGAAAGGAUAUUGAAGCAGCCCUUCCUUACAUCAAUGGUGUAGAUGCUGUGUCUCUAGACGGUGUGAUCUCCAAAAGAAAAGGAUAUACGUUCUCUGGAUCCUGGAUUCCAAAAGUUCAUUUUCCAGUAACGGUAACAGAGAAGCACGAAAAGGCUUUGGUUAAACUGGAAGUAACCAGGAAAAGUAAGAGAAAGCGUGAGGAGAUGAUAGUUGAGGUGCAAGGUACGUUGAUGAAGGUAAAGAAGAGGCUGAAGAAGGCAACGAAGAAGUACGAACGUUUCUCAGCCAUGGCUGACUCUCAGGACAUGUAAAUGUUAUGAGACAUUAAGAAGUGCCUUUUGGUGUUUAGUUUUAGUUCAUGAAAACUUGGAUCUUGUUUAUUGUGUCGGUUAGGGCUGAUCUUUUGUGAAUAUAGUCUGCAUCGUUGUUGGCUUUACUCUAAGUUCUCAUGUUUAUAUAAAGCCUUUUGUUUUAAAGUAUGACUCUUGAAAGUUGCACGAGAAGCCAAUUCGGC